AUGGUUGGCUUCGAUGCAGGAGCCAAGAUCAAGGGGUUUGCCGUUGGAGAAUUCAAAAAAGUAUCAAACGAGAAUGGUGAGUUAGAAGUCAACUCUUUUGAAACCACCUCUGAAUGCUUGCCUUGUACGAAUGAACAUGGCGUCGUAUCCGUUGGAUUAAAUGUUGACAACGAGAGACUUGAGAUUGAUGAGGACAGUCGCUUGACCACAAUCGAUGUAACCGCACAUUCUCCUCUUGUCUACUCAAAAGAGGAUCAUGAUAUCGAACUUCAGAUUGAUGAUUCAUGUUUAACUGUAGAACAAGAAAAACUAAAAGUGAUUCCGGACAAUUAUGAGUUUCCGCUCUACAGGGAUUACGAAAUACGCACAGUUGGUAUUCGUGCAGACGAUUCGUUAUCCAUUACUGAAAAUGGCUUAUCAGUAAACUUUCCACCACCUCCGCCUUUAGAAACGCUCAAGAAACCAUUGUAUCGGGAUAAUGGCCUUGGAAUCAAACUUCAUAAAAGUCUAAAGGUGAACAAUGAAGACGAAUUGGAAACCAAUACUAGUCAACUGUUUAAGGCGUUCGGGGCGAUAAGAACAUCGUCUGGAGCAGACUCAAUCUUAGAUAUCGGAAGCAGUUGGCUCGAUUUUGGCUUCUCAUCUCUCAGUGAACUAACAGACGCUCUGGGGGAAGUGGACAUGACAGCGAUUAGAUUGAUGACUGACACCUCUACAUUCACGCAAGCCGGCUCUCGAUUAUCCCUGAAAUCACCCGGAUAUGAACAAAUCAUGUAUGGGAACCUUACUUAUGGCUACUCGGGAAGUUCUUCAUUCACCUAUUCGUCCACGCUUCAAGAGUUGCGUGUACCCAAUGUAAAGUUAAGCGCAACAUUACCUGCUAUUGGAGGAGGCUCUUAUGCAGUGAGUAAAGAUUACAUGGCCAAUUUUUACCAAGGCAGCCAAACCGGGGCCAUUGCUGUCGGACCAGAGUUUAGUGGACGACGUGAAAUCGGGGUGCUCGUUGAUAACCAAACAGUUCGGAUUGUAGGAAACCAGUUAACAGGUGGCUACAUUUUUCAGGACUUUAAUGGCGUCUCCAUUAGACCGGGAACGACCAAUGAUGUGGUGCUCUCUCUCAAAUGCGAGGCUGGCAGUUGUCUCCAAAUGGUCAAAGCAGAUACCAUUAAAGACGUACUGACUUGUAGCAAUGGUAUCGAGAGAGUACAGAAUGACCUUCAACUCGAUCUAAAAGUUGAUGCCAACUCUGGCUUAAUGAUGCUCAGCCGCGGGACCAUAGGCGAUACGUUUACCGCCUCCAAUGGUAUCCAAAGGGUGCAAAAUGAUUUCAGGUUAUCUCUCACAGCCCAACAGCCCGAUUUAACUCUCAACAACGGUGUUCUCAGUUCGAACAUCGCUGCGGGAAUUGGACUCCAGAAGAAUGGUGCCAUUCUGUCAACCAACCUCCGAGGUAUCAAUGGUGUGCAAGUUAGUGGCGAUCUGAUUUCAUGUUCGCUUUCAGGAAGUGAUACGAUUCUUCGAGUAGGCGAUACCUUAAGAGGUAAUUAUGUUGGCUCGACCAAUUCAUACGGAAGUGUGGUCGUUGUUGGUAAUACCAUUCAGUACAACAUGAUUCCUCCACAAUUCGUAAGUAACAGCCCAAAUCUCCUCAUAUCCGGCAGUUAUCCUUUGUACAAUUUCACUCUCAUUGACCCUACGCCGUUAUCGAAACAAAGGGAUACCGAUAAUACGGAACAGUCUGACGCCGCAGAAAUCUUAAAAACUGAUGUCCCUGGUGGGAAUGUUGUUGUUCUUAGUGGGGCCACACCGCUGACUACUAUUCCAUUUCCUGCGAUGGUAUCUCCACCACUGACGAUUCCCAUGGCUAGCCUGGAAGCAAUGUGGCAAUUGCUUCAGACCCGAUUGGAGGCUGUACUCGAUUACUAUUUGAUGUACCGAGUUGCUAUCGCACCAUCAAAUAUGAAUACCCCCAAGCCGCGAUCAACCUCUCGAUGUUAA